GUGUGUUCAAAAUCUGAUCUUUUCGAAGUUUUCUAUCGCCGCGAGCUCGUUGGAUGUUUUUUAGCUAAAUGGGUGCUUUUUGUUCGGUCUCUGAUUCGGCGCUGGAUUCCCGUUUGUGGGAAUGUUUUUAGGAUUUGUGUCGAGGCGAGGGCAGCUAUGAUUUGAGGGUUGGUGUGGAGAUAUGAACGUGAGCCAUGCCUUGGUUCACCCAGUGGAGGAUCCGCCUACGAUGGAAGGCGCGAAUGCGCCGAGAGUCAGGAUGAAGGAUAUACAGGGCAUGCCCGCCACGCUCGGCGGGCUCGCCUUGCGUUUCUUCCAGUUCCUGUUUGCAGCUGCCGCACUCUGUGUUAUGGCCACUACCAGCGAUUUCCCCUCCGUGACAGCCUUCCGCUAUCUUGUAGCAGCUACUGGCUUACAGAGCAUAUGGAGUUUUUCAUUGGCUGUUGUGGACAUAUAUGCCCUUCUAGUGGGGCGCUUGCUGCAGAAUUAUCGAGUGGUGGUGUUCUUUGCCAUGGGUGAUGGGAUCACUUCCACUCUCAUAUUUGCAGCAGCAUGUGCAUCGGCAGGCAUUACAGUCCUUAUUGACAAUGAUCUCUCUAACUGUUCCCGGAACCACUGUGCACAGUUUGAAACUGCCACAGCGAUGGCAUUCAUUAGUUGGUUUGUUGCUUUGCCAUCUUUUCUUUUCAAUUUUUGGUCGCUGGCAUCCCGAUGAAGACAUAGCGAGGCAGGACUAAGGAGAAGAAGGAAGCCAGCUGGAAACUCCAUCUCGGAUUUGAAGAGCCUUUCUGGUGUGCCAUAAUUUUUUUUUCUCGAUACCCCUAAGGCAUAGACUUGCUCGAGUCGUGUCUUUUGUGAAUAGGACUGUAAAGUAGGCCGGGGCGAGUCUUGACGAUGUAGUGUGAAUUGGUCGGACCAGCCUCGUGGCAUUGUUUGGCUCUGGAAGGGUUUUUCUUUUGCUUUC